UCAAAACGCAGUUUCCCGUGAAUGUUUUUUUUCCAAUGUCCUAUUUUUAACUUGAGCAUUAAAUCGAAAUGACGAAAAACAAGUCAGUAUUUGUUUUAUUGCUUAUUGUAUAUUGCUUUUUGUAAACAAAUAAUGAAAUAAGUCGUUUUUAUUUUUUAUGAUUUUGAAUUCCUGAUUGAAUAUAAAAUGAACGAAUGAUACACGGAUUUUUUCAUGGUUUUACAAAAAAACAAAUAUAUAGAUUUAUUUUUUUUGCCAAGAAUCAGUUGUUUACUUGCUCUCGCCCCGCCCCCUCCUCCUGACGUCACCUGAAGUCGUGUCCACGCUCGGUGGGAGUGACGUCAGAGCAGGAGUGAACGAGAGAGGAUGCAGGAGGCCGCGGAGCAGCAGCGGAGCUCGAGUGACGGCGCGUCCGCCAGAGAAGCGGGAGUCCCGGGCAGCGGAGGCGGAUCAGGGCCCGGAGGUGGUGCUGAGGGCGAGCGGGACAGAGAUCGGGCAACUUUCGAGUGUAAUAUCUGCCUGGACACCGCCCGAGACGCGGUCAUCAGCCUGUGCGGACACCUCUUCUGUUGGCCAUGUCUUCAUCAGUGGUUGGAGACGCGGCCCAGCAGACAGCAGUGUCCCGUGUGUAAAGCAGGAAUCAGCAGAGAUAAAGUCAUUCCACUGUACGGCCGCGGCAGCACCAGCCAAGAGGAUCCCAGAUUGAAAACGCCACCACGACCUCAGGGUCAAAGAACAGAGCCGGAGAGCAGAGGGGCGUUUCAGGGUUUUGGUGAUACAGGGUUUCACAUGUCGUUUGGAAUCGGUGCUUUUCCGUUUGGCUUUUUCACCACUGUCUUUAAUACCAAUGACCCGUUUCACAGACCAGAUCCCCAUUAUGUGGCAGAUCACCAAGGCAACGGAAAUGCAAACAACUGGCAGGACUCGCUCUUCCUCUUCCUCGCCAUCUUCUUUUUUUUCUGGAUGUUGAGUGUGUGAGAUGAUGGACACACACACACACACACACACACACACACACACACACACACACAAAAGUGGACCCUUGUUUGAUUGAAGCAGAUGUAAAAUGUGCUUUCAGUGUAAGAUACAUUCACUCACCAUCGUUAUCUGUCUGUCUGCACACGUACAUGUAUACACACAAACACACACGGCGCGCAGGUUGAACUGUUGCUGGUAUCAGUGUUGAGGAUUAGAGAGAGACAGUAUUAAUGACUGCUGUCAAUAAAUUAAACACUACAUGAGUUUAUUCAAAGGAGAAAUAUGAGCUCUGUUAUUAAAGGAAUAAAAGGUCUGUCAUUAUUUACUCACUCAUCAUUAAUUACUUCUAGUGGUCAGCGGUUUUGAAAUGACAUGAAGGUGAGUGAAUAAUACAAAUUUUCUUUUUUGGGUUCUUGAGAAGUUAUUAAACAUUCACUGCUCUCUUUAGCGAACUGUUUUCAUGCCAAAGAAAUUCUGAAACUCUUAGAGAAAGAUGCAGACAGAAUGUGAUGUAGUUAGGACAGACACAUUUAUUUAGAUACUCUUGAAAGAGAUUUGCCUAGAAAUGUACGUUUUGGUGUGGUCUUACUAAAACACGUUCGGGCCAUUGCACUGUGCUUUCCAAAAUGGGAAUAAGUUUGAUAUUUGAUAAACAGUUAUUUACUAACGCUCUGAGGGACUUUUCUCAUAUCGUCUCUUAUUACUUAUUAACUUUUCUUAGAAUUAAUUCUGACUGCUUUACUAAAUCACAUUUCUUAAGUCAUUAACUUACUCUUUUAUGGUUGUAUUCAUGAAAUCUCAAGGAGAAAGUUCUUAGGAGAAGUUUUAAGAAUCUUGCUAUAAGCGUUGACGAUUUAAGAAAAAAACAGAUUUGUGGGAAUACAAAAUGUAAAUUUUUUUCUUAAGUUAGAAAAUAUAAAAAAUAACUAAACAUUCUUAAAACAAGAGAAAUCUACUUUAGAAGCAAAAUGACAAAUAUUUUGUCUUUUUUUCAGAGAAAUAUUUAAAAAAAUGAGUAAUGUUUAUGCUUAAAAAAUAAAAAACUCUUUGUCAAAGGACAAUGGGGGAAAAAAACUUGAUUCAAAGGGAAAACAAGUUUAUUUUUCUGACCCACUUGGCAAAAUGUUUUUUCUUGUUUUAAGCAUAAACUCCACCAAAUUUUGUUCAAUUUCUCUGAAACUAAUACUUAAUAUCUUUGUCAUUCUGCUUCUCAAGGAAUUGUUUCUUAAGGAUGUUUAUGUAUUUUUGCUUGGUAAGAAAAAUGAUUUUUUGCAUUGAAGAAUUUUAUUCUUAAAGUGAUAAUUCACCCAAAAAUGUAAAUUCAGUCAUUGUUUAAACUUAACUCACCCCUGUGUUGUUAUAACCCUAUAUGACUUUUUCUGAACACAAAGGGAGAAAUUGUGAAUAAAUGUUGUGUUCAGUGAUGUCAUACAAUGGCAGUUUAUGGUGACCACCUCUUCAAGCUUCAAAAGAACACAAAAGUAUAAUUCAGAAGUCUAAUAAAUUAUUCCAUGAGACUCAUGAUUGUUAUGAAAGCAUACGAUAAGAUUUGGUGAGAAACAAACUGAAAUCUAAU